AUGCUCGUAAACGCACCAUCCGAUGCGUACUUCCGGGAAGUUUAGAACUGUCUACAAACUUUUAAAACUAAUUUCUUAGCUCUGUCGAGUCUUAAAGGAGACUCAAAUAGGAAUAUUUCUGACCACGUGACUAACCUGUCAGGACGACCGGUGGCUUUCUUGGUGAACUUUGUCGCCUUGGAGCAAAAUGCUAACCUGCACGUUAGCAUCCUGACGCUGUGCCUGUGUUCCCGCCGACGGAUGACAUCACUAGAGCCUAAAUGUCAUGACGACGCGGCCGCAGGCUCAUUUGGCAAGCAUCGUAACAUCAGGUGGCGUGGCGGUGAAUCACAGCAAUUCAAUAGUUUGUUGUUUUAACACACACCACCGACUUGCCGUGACGUCACCGCUUGGAGUCGGCCAAGCACCUCCGGCUUGAAAAAGUGGUACGGUCUCCGGAUACUCUUGUCUUCCUCCGACAUCCCAAAAACAUGCAAGUCAAUUGUCCACAGCAGACACGCCAGAACAUGAGGAUCCGAUUCCGUCACCAUGAGAGCCCAGCCAUGUUGGCUACUGUUCAUCUCCUCCUGUUGGGCAGGUCAAGCUAAUGAAGGCUCUACUACAACUUGUGGUAUCUUAAAAAGGUCUCACUGUCAUUCUCCAUGAAGAUCUGCGGCAGGUAUGUGAAGCCACUUCCAGGGUCCAAAGGGGGUCCACAGUGCGCAUGUUCGCCAGGUACUUGCAUGUUUAUGAUGGAUCUUAUAUUUAAUCUGUAGAGGCAAUCAAGAUGGCACUUGUACUUGUGUACAAAGGCAAAUUAAUCUUGAAGGUAUACCUCUGAAAUUGUUGUAUAAUGUUGAACUUUUCAAUCAAGCUCGUGGACGGCCGUGCCAUAGCGAUGAUGUCAUCAGUCACCCUGAGAUUUUUGGUAGAAGUCACGUCCCCAACACAUGACAAAAUUGUACUGCAAAGAGUCUUACCAUGAGGAGAAAAUGCCACGGAUGACCUGCUGGCUUGCUUUCCAACACUCUGGUCCUUCGUAACGACAGUCUAGUCCCCCGCAGGCCAGCAAGCAGAGGAGUUUGGGCGGGAUGGCCUUCACCAGGUUUUCCCGGGCUUGGGAGUAAGCGGCCCGAGGGAAGGGGACAUGCUGGGUCAAGGUCUGCAUCCUGGACCGGGAGAACCGCAUCAGCCUAUUCUCAAGUGUGAGUGAGUGCACAUUUCUUCUAAAGUCUGUCAUGGGGGAAGUUAGUUUCUCUCCGAGUUUACAACGUGACUUUUUGCCCUGACUGAUUUCUCCACCAUGGAUCUCAACGGGACACUGAGUGCUUAUCAGAUUGAUGUUCUCUCCACAGUGUAUUUGAUUUCACUAACUCCCAGGUCUCCGGAUACUCUUGUCUUCCUCCGACAUCCCAAAAACAUGCAAGUCAAUUGUCCACAGCAGACACGCCAGAACAUGAGGAUCCGAUUCCGUCACCAUGAGAGCCCAGCCAUGUUGGCUACUGUUCAUCUCCUCCUGUUGGGCAGGUCAAGCUAAUGAAGGCUCUACUACAACUUGUGGUAUCUUAAAAAGGUCUCACUGUCAUUCUCCAUGAAGAUCUGCGGCAGGUAUGUGAAGCCACUUCCAGGGUCCAAAGGGGGUCCACAGUGCGCAUGUUCGCCAGGUACUUGCAUGUUUAUGAUGGAUCUUAUAUUUAAUCUGUAGAGGCAAUCAAGAUGGCACUUGUACUUGUGUACAAAGGCAAAUUAAUCUUGAAGGUAUACCUCUGAAAUUGUUGUAUAAUGUUGAACUUUUCAAUCAAGCUCGUGGACGGCCGUGCCAUAGCGAUGAUGUCAUCAGUCACCCUGAGAUUUUUGGUAGAAGUCACGUCCCCAACACAUGACAAAAUUGUACUGCAAAGAGUCUUACCAUGAGGAGAAAAUGCCACGGAUGACCUGCUGGCUUGCUUUCCAACACUCUGGUCCUUCGUAACGACAGUCUAGUCCCCCGCAGGCCAGCAAGCAGAGGAGUUUGGGCGGGAUGGCCUUCACCAGGUUUUCCCGGGCUUGGGAGUAAGCGGCCCGAGGGAAGGGGACAUGCUGGGUCAAGGUCUGCAUCCUGGACCGGGAGAACCGCAUCAGCCUAUUCUCAAGUGUGAGUGAGUGCACAUUUCUUCUAAAGUCUGUCAUGGGGGAAGUUAGUUUCUCUCCGAGUUUACAACGUGACUUUUUGCCCUGACUGAUUUCUCCACCAUGGAUCUCAACGGGACACUGAGUGCUUAUCAGAUUGAUGUUCUCUCCACAGUGUAUUUGAUUUCACUAACUCCCAGGUCUCCGGAUACUCUUGUCUUCCUCCGACAUCCCAAAAACAUGCAAGUCAAUUGUCCACAGCAGACACGCCAGAACAUGAGGAUCCGAUUCCGUCACCAUGAGAGCCCAGCCAUGUUGGCUACUGUUCAUCUCCUCCUGUUGGGCAGGUCAAGCUAAUGAAGGCUCUACUACAACUUGUGGUAUCUUAAAAAGGUCUCACUGUCAUUCUCCAUGAAGAUCUGCGGCAGGUAUGUGAAGCCACUUCCAGGGUCCAAAGGGGGUCCACAGUGCGCAUGUUCGCCAGGUACUUGCAUGUUUAUGAUGGAUCUUAUAUUUAAUCUGUAGAGGCAAUCAAGAUGGCACUUGUACUUGUGUACAAAGGCAAAUUAAUCUUGAAGGUAUACCUCUGAAAUUGUUGUAUAAUGUUGAACUUUUCAAUCAAGCUCGUGGACGGCCGUGCCAUAGCGAUGAUGUCAUCAGUCACCCUGAGAUUUUUGGUAGAAGUCACGUCCCCAACACAUGACAAAAUUGUACUGCAAAGAGUCUUACCAUGAGGAGAAAAUGCCACGGAUGACCUGCUGGCUUGCUUUCCAACACUCUGGUCCUUCGUAACGACAGUCUAGUCCCCCGCAGGCCAGCAAGCAGAGGAGUUUGGGCGGGAUGGCCUUCACCAGGUUUUCCCGGGCUUGGGAGUAAGCGGCCCGAGGGAAGGGGACAUGCUGGGUCAAGGUCUGCAUCCUGGACCGGGAGAACCGCAUCAGCCUAUUCUCAAGUGUGAGUGAGUGCACAUUUCUUCUAAAGUCUGUCAUGGGGGAAGUUAGUUUCUCUCCGAGUUUACAACGUGACUUUUUGCCCUGACUGAUUUCUCCACCAUGGAUCUCAACGGGACACUGAGUGCUUAUCAGAUUGAUGUUCUCUCCACAGUGUAUUUGAUUUCACUAACUCCCAGCGUGAUGGGCAGCUUCUCCGUGCUGCUGGUUUCCGUGCUGAGAUGGAGGCACCUGAAAGACCAGGUGCACCUCCUGGUCCAGCUGGCCCUGGCAGACCUUGUGGCUGCUCUCAUUCAGAUGUUUACUAGCGCCAUGAACAAAGUUGGCAGCGACAACAGCGUCACGAUCUGUCAGUACAGCCUGCCUCUGGCACUGACAUUUUACUUCAUCUCAUUUCUGCUGGUGGUGGUCUACGCAUGGAAGUCCACCAAAGCCAUCCGAGGAUGGAGAACAGCACCAGCGCAGGAUGAGAGUCCUUGCAGAAGUCAUCUAGUGGCCAUACCUGUGUACUUGCUGGUAUGGUUGAUCCCGACUGUGGUCUACUUGACGUACGUCUUCACUCCUUUCAUCAAAGCCACUUUAGUCAUUCCAGACCCCGACGCCUCUCUCAGCGUCGUCAUCCAGAAUGAUGCUAAAUACUGCACCAGUUGUAUUUUGUUCUUGCACGUCUGGAAAGAUGCCUGCUCAGAUGCUGAGAUCAUCCAUGACACUUUUAUGCGAGUGUUUCUUGUCCUUGUGGUGAUUCCUGUGAUGCUGGUUUGCUCAGUUAUCUACUACAAGGUCGGUCGCUGGUAUGAACGGCACAAACAGGAGGGUCUUUUUCCUGUGGAAGGAGAUGGACGCUCAGGCCGGAGAUGGAAAAGUGUCUUUUCCACGGCCAGGAGCAUGGUGAUGGUCAUCCUCUUCUGCUGGACCCCAGCCCUCCUGGUCAUCCUGCUGUCGACAUGGACUGCUGUUGACCAGCACAAGCUGUUUGCUGCGUACAUCAUACAGGCUGCCAGUGUGUCCCUGCAAGGCUUCCUCAACAGUCUGGUGUACGCAUGGAGGCGGCCCAACUUCACAGACGCUGUCCUGGGGGAGAACACCCCCCUGGUGGCCUACAAGCACAUGGCCUUCUUUGACCAAUCACUCAAAAGUUCUCCUUGAGCCUCGACAAAGACAUUUUGCACGGAAAGACACUUUUUAAGAUGAGUCAGCACAAAGGACUUUUCAACGAUGACGUGUAUUUAUGCUGCUCUUCAGUGAAGAAUUUGCACUUUCAAGCAAUGACUUGACAUUUUUUAAAGAAAGAAAAUUUGGGGGACACUAUAUUAGAAAAGGAAUAUUUAAGAAUAAAUGUAUUUAUUGGCUCAAAAGGGUUUUGUGUGUGCGUGUGUUAGAGAUGCGCGGUUUGCGGACACAACCGCGGAGUCCGCGGAUAAACCGCGGGUCGGGCGGGUAAAAAUAGAUUUUAAAUAGAUGCGGGCGGGCGGCGGUUGAACCAAUUCGGAAAUAUAUAUACAUAGUUAAAUGUUGUUACCCACAUACGAAAAACGAGCAGCAUUCUUUGAAACAGUCAAUUAUUCAUCAGGCACUGCAGCACACCACAACACAACAGAAGAAGAAGAAAAAAAGAAAAAGAUGGCACCGCGUCCCAGCAACAAGUGGCGCAAGUGAGCGCUCCUUCAGCGCAGCAGGGCACAUUUUAGAGGCCAGGCGCUCUCGCAUGAAUCCUGGCACUGUAGAUGCCCUUUUAUUCCUGCAUAGUGCUAACAAAAAAAAAAGUAAGUCGACAUACGGUUGGAUAUGUUAAACGAAGUAGUCUACGUUACCUAGGCUAUACCAAAUAAGCCCAUGUCUAACCUAUAUUGAGUUCGGUCAGCUAAAUCAUUUUGAUGAUUACGUGUUGUUUGGGCGCACUACAAUGCAAAGGAAUUAAGUCAAUUGCGUUGUUUAUUGUGGUUUUUUUCUAUUGGAGAUAUACUACUAUGUAUGAAUAAUUAUUUGGCCUCGCUUUCAAGUGAAGCGCAUCUCCGAUUGGCGACAAUGUAAGACUAUUUAGCCUGCUUUGUUUGUCGCGACCGUCUAUUUUCAUUAUAAUUCAAGUUUGAUGAUAAAGUGCAGUCUGAUGGGUUUGAUUUCCCCCCUUCAGCUAUUUGCCUUGGCCAAUAAGUUGCAGGUAAUUUAUUAUUAUUAUUUAUUUAAUGUAUUUUUGUUUGAAUAAAGAUGACAUAUAUAUGUUAUUGUAUAAUUUAAGUUUGUGCGCGUGAUUGACAGCCUAAGGCUUAUGAGGCACAUUUUUUAUUUUUAUUUUUUAUUUCAACUUAAAAACGUAUGAGCCUAUAUGCCUAUGCCUACAACAUAGGCUAUGUGUUCAUUUUUAUUUUCCUGCCUG